GUUGAUGAUUCCGUUGGUUCCUGGCUGUGAGUAGAGAGACCGAAGGGGCUGGGCCCACAGCAGAGAAAUGGCGAGAAUGGUUAACGAGAACGGGUGUGGAGUGGAAACACAGAGCCUGGAGCCGCAGGGACCGGGCCGGGGACCGGCUAGAUGGGGUCCACAGCACGCCGGUGCCCGCGAACUGGCCACUUUGUACUCGCCAGGCAAAAGAUGUCAAGAAUGGCUAAGUGUUGUCCUCUGCUUCUCUCUCAUGGCCUUCAAUUUCAUUCACCUUCUUGCCAAUUUCCAUCUGGGGCAUCUGUGGUACAUUCUGUUGGGCAUUGUGGCAGGAAUACUCACCGCAGACUUUGCGUCAGGACUUGUUCACUGGGGGGCCGAUACGUGGGGAUCAGUGGAUCUACCCAUCUUUGGAAAGGCCUUUAUACGACCAUUUAGAGAGCACCACAUCGACCCCACGGCCAUCACCCGUCACGACUUCAUUGAAACCAAUGGUGACAACUGCAUGCUGACCAUAGUCCCUCUAGCAAACAUGGCCUUCAACUUCCUCACCCUCUCCCCUGCGGAGAUUUACCAUAUCUACCCCUGGUACUGCUACUUGUUUGCACUAGCCAUCUUUGUGACCCUCACCAACCAGAUUCACAAGUGGUCACACACGUACUUUGGCCUGCCUCGCUGGGUUGUGUUCCUCCAGGACUGCCACAUCAUCCUCCCCCGCAAGCACCACCGCAUCCACCACGUCUCUCCCCACGAGACGUACUUCUGCAUCACCACAGGUUGGCUGAACUACCCGCUGGAGAAGCUGGGAUUCUGGAGGAACCUGGAGGAUCUUAUCCAGGGCGUGACGGGAGAGAAGCCCAGGUCAGACGACCUGAAAUGGGCUCAAAAAGUCAAGUAACGCCGCAGGCUAACUGCACCCUACCUCAGAAGACACUGGCUCCGUCCAGGCUUCUCAUCCCCUAUUUUGCCUCACUUAAACUGUAAUCCAUAGGAAGGAAAACUAACAAACAGUUUCUGAUGCCAUAGCUUUAAGUCUUGCACAUUUUGUCUAUUUUUCAAGAGGAGGGCUUUGUUGUUGACAGAAUUUUUCAUUACUCACUCACGGAGAUCGUCAUUUCAAAUUGCAAUAUAUCCUUAACUCUCCGUAUGUCUAACACAACUCAUAACUUUUUUUGGGGUGAUUUUUACAAAGGCUCUUGCUAGGAAGGUUUGAUCAGGUGCAUAAUUUGAAAUCGAUGUCCAAGGAGAUUAAAAGAUUUCCGUCACGUCAGAAAAAUUCAAACGAUCCCCAAGAAAAAAAACUUGAAAGCGUGAUUGCUCAGUCUUUUUCUCCUCCAGAGCCACAACUGUUCAUUUGGAGAGUUGAUAAAUCAAAUUAUAUUUAGCACUGAUUUAUUUUUUCUGGAUCAGUCUUUUCAUCUCCACCUUAUUAAAAGUCUUUGUGAUGUGCAAGUGAAUUUAGGCCGUGGUAAGUUGUAGGAUUUUAGGAUGCUUUACCAAUGUUGAUAGCUAAAGAACAAAUUGGUUAAUUACUGUUACAUUUGUUGACUGUUUUUUGAGAGGUGAUGAUGUGUAUUACUAAUGAGUGGCCAUUGUUGAUUCUAGUAACUUGUUAACAAAUCAAACUGCAGCCAUAUUUAAUAGUUGAAUCAUGAAUUUGUCAAUCAGAAACAAUGACUACAGUUACAGUGAAGGAGUCAAGGCUUCUUAACAGGCAGAUUUGUCCCACCAGGAUGCUAAACAACAGGUCAGACAGCUCAGAAAAAACACUUUUAAAUUAACAAGCUAAGAAGAAUAUAAAAACAAAUUGCUCAAAUUGCUGUCAGAUCUUAACCAGGCAUUUUAAAAAAAUUUGUUGUCUGGAUUAUCAGGACUGUUUGCAUUUUUAUUUUUGAUGACAGUGUAAACACAGAAGAUGAGAAAUUUUCAGGCUAAACAAGGACACACAGUAAUUUAAUCUGCAAAAGUCACAUGAAACCGGAUGUAACUGUAGUCAGUGUUGAUGCCAGAUCAUUAGAAAAUCUGGAUAAAUAUACAUAUAUCAUAUGUGCUGAGUCACGCUGGCCCUACCAAGUAGUCUUUUCAGAUGAUCACAGUGUCCACUGUGAAAAGCAUUUUUAGGUUUUUGCCUCCUGGUAAACAGACAGCUCUGCAGGAAAAAAAAGAGGCACAUGCAGUUUUGUCAAGCUGCCUUACACACUGUUAAUGCAGUUCUUGUGUCUUUCUUUUGUUGUUCUGUUUCAUUUGCAGCACUCCUUCGAGUCGUUGCAACGGAAACUUUGUCUUUUCUGGGAUUUGUGUCUCGAUUAAUCAGACGCAAACACUUCCAGAGUUAUGUGCCAACUGUAUGUAAAAUCGUUUUCACUCCUCACAUCUUGCUAUUCUUUUGUAACGUGGGAGGGUUUCAGAGCGUAACAUUCCCCGCGAGUAAUGUUGCCACAGUGUUACCGUCUUGGUAACUGUGACAAGUUGACUUGGUGAUGUUACAAGGGCUUCAGUGAAGGCUGACGAUCCAGGAAUUUCUUGACUCCUAUAGAUGAGAUUAUGUAAUUAAUUAAUUGGUUGAAAGUUUUUUAAUGCUUUAGUCAGUACUUUGUAAAUGUAUUGUACAGCGAAUAACUAUGCAGUGUAAUAAGAGGCCCUUAACUAUACGUCUUAACUCAUACGAUUAGGUUAAAAUGCCUUUCUUUUUUUUAAUAGUUUACAGAUAUUUGCUUAGUUGGAAGAACUGGAGCUCAAAAAUUUAGCUGCUUAAUAAACUGCAUGACGAAAUUUACUUUUACUAAUUAAGAUGUCACUUACACAGACGUAAGAAUGCGUGCAUGCAUACAGCAUGUCGGCUUGUGCAAGCAAUAUACUGGGUCACCAGCUUUCCUUUGAGUUUGUGUAAAGCAAGACACCGACCAGGGAGGAUUUGUGCUUGCUCCAGGUGAAAUUAAUUGUACCUCUUUCAAAAAGAUGACCCCAAAACUUUGAUAACUUUGACAAACAGUCCCAAAAUGUUAUCUUCAUUCCAAGGCAAAGGUUUUCAGGUUUAAAUGGGAGAAGCUAUCCUUGCUGUUCAGUUGGGUUGACCAGGUUAAAGGCUUAAUUAUGAAGCAUCCUGUGCUUUGCUCAAAGUAAUGAUAGUUAUAGUUAACUUUAAAACCAAAAUUAUGUUUUAUAUUAUGUAAUAUUCCAGUUUUUGAAUCCUUCAUACUUGAUUAUAUGAAAUUAUCCACCAUAGGUCAACAGCAGAAGUACACUAAAGAUUGCAUAGUGCUUGUAGAGUAUUGUGAGAGGCAGUUCUGUGUGCGCUAGCUGGUGUAAUGUAUGAUGCCGUUAUGUGUCACUGCAUCAGAUCUUUAAGGCCUGCGUUCAAGUGCUACUCCUGUGGUAGAAGUUUUUGAUCAGUAUUAGGCAAAAUCUUGUUGGGGCUCCGCUAACUGCAGCCGGUAGACACAUUUGAACUUUGACACACAACUUAUUUUCUAAAUAGGAGUUUGGCGUCGGCCCUGCUGGAUGUUUCAGCGCUUCAGGUAAAUUGCUUUUUUAAGGAUAUUCUGCUUUUCUGUAAUACUGCAAAAUAGGACAAGCUAAGGAUAAUGUUUAGGAGAACUGGACAUGAGAAGCCAUGAUUGGUUACAACCUUACAUAAAAAGUAAAUGGUGAAGUCACUAGGAAUCCAUACCAUAAUAAUCUUUGUUUGGAGACAGACUUGCUACGGCUGUUGUGGCUGGGAGUCUGGCUGAGAGUAUGGAUUGAACAUUAAUUCACUCUUAUUCUCCAGAUGAUCUCAGGAUUGUGGUUGAGUCGAUUAUGGUGGUUUAAUAUGAAUUUGUAAAAAACAAAACACUCCAUUAGUGAAGUUAAGGCCAUUAUUUAAUCAUUGAAAGUUGUUUAAAUCACUUAUUUCUAUCAGAUUUUGUUGGCCAAAAUAGCUGAAUUGAUUUUAAAGGCAAUAUAGGUUCUGUCGUAGCCAUACAUCAGUGCAGUUAACUCGACCUCUUGUUAUUGAGGUAGAAUUUGUGAUUAAGCUGUGUUUGAUUUUUCUGCUUAGAGACAGUGGGCUUUCAUUAGUGGAUUUGAAGGGUAUUUUGUGACAAUGUGUGGUUAGCUCAAUAUUUUCCCACUGGAAAAAAAAAUGUGGAAGCAAAUUAAACUUGUGGGGUGGGCAGUCGUCGUUGGUAUGUUUAACAUGCUGUGUUGAAAUUGCUUUUGUAAUAAUCCUUGGACUUUUUAUUGAAUUGCCUUAUCCUCUCCCUUAUUGAUUUACUGUAAAUCUUGCCAGCAAUAUGGGAAAACAAUUCAUUGACUGACUUUAAAUUGCCCUUCAUUUGCCUCUCACGUCCUCUGAGGCAAUGACCCAUAUGGAUGUUGUAGUUGGUUAUACAGUAUAUACUGGUGGUGAUGGAGUUUUAGAUAUCAGAAUAAUGCCUUGAUGCCUUUUUGUUGUCUUCCAUGUGGGAGACUUACAAUGUAUAUAUUAAACUGUAUUUAUAAAUAAACUAAAUAAAAGGUUGAUAAUUA